GAAGUUGUGUCUGUCUUGAUUCUGUCUAACUUGACAGUGACCACUGAAGGAAAACGGAGCAGAAACAUGGCGACUUCGAACAAUCCGCGGAAAUUUAGCGAGAAAAUCGCUUUACACAACCAGAAGCAGGCAGAGGAGACAGCGGCGUUUGAGGAAGUGAUGAAAGACCUCAGCAUAACCCGAGCAGCGAGGUUACAGUUGCAGAAGACCCAGUACUUGCAGUUGGGGCAGAACCGUGGACAGUACUAUGGAGGCUCUCUGCCUAACGUCAAUCAGCUUGGGAACACCGCUGUUGAUGUGCCUUUUCAGAGUUCAGGGCUGGACACCAACAGAAUGACACGACAUCAUGGAUUGGUAGACCGGGUCUAUCGGGACCGCAUCCGCAUUACUUCACCCCACCGAAAACCUUUGUCUGUUGACAAACACGGACGCCAGAUUGACAGUUGUCCAUAUGGCUCCGUAUACCUGUCACCUCCACCCGAUACCAGCUGGAGGAGGACAAACUCUGACUCGGCGCUACACCAGAGCACACUAACUCCUGUCCAGCAUGUCUCCUUCAGUGGUGGCUCACAGGAACUCCAGCCAAAACGAGUUCUCUUGCUCACUGUACCAGGGUCUGAAGCAGUCAAACAGAUUGAUGAAGAUGGACAAAAACAGAACUGGGAUUGCAAAAAGGAUUUUGAAGGAUCUGAAACGUGCAAAGUUCCUGGAAUCAACAUAUUCCCGUCUCCAGACCAGCAGUCGAGCACUUCACUGAUACCAGCAGCUCUCAGUACCGGGGGUUCACUGCCCGACCUGACUAACGUCCAGUUCCCUCCUCCGCUGCCCACGCCGCUGGACUCAGAUGAUGGAACAGCUGUUUCCUUCAGCUCCUCUAACAACACACAAACCAUGGCUAACACACAAGGAUUGGACACCUCUCAGCCUAUGGUCACCAUGACAACGCAGCCUGAAUGCGACAGCAUUGUUUCUCUCAUCCUGAAUGCAGGAGAUUCCCACCAGCAGCGUCCUGUGCAGCUCUCGCCAACAUCUCCACCGCUCAGCCUGUCUCAGGCAGCCAUAAAUGCCAUGAACCUUGAGCAGCAGCUGUCCCAGUACACCUUCUUCAACCAGCAGCCAUCAUCCCAAACGCAUCAGAGCCAGUCGCAAACAGGUCUGAUCCAGCUGCCGUCACCAGAGACCUCAUGUUCCACAGCAGACAGCCAGGCGUCUUCACACACAGCCAUGACCAUAGACAUGAACACGGCCUCCUCCCUGCAGCAGUACCGCAGCAGGGUCGGAUCCUCAGCCAAUCAGUCUCCGACCUCCCCCGUCUCCAAUCAAGGCUUCUCACCUGGAGGCUCACCUCAACAUAACUCCAUAUUGGGCAGCGUGUUUGCAGACUUCUACAACCAGCAGCUCUCCUCCAUCCAGACCAGCGCUCUGUCACAACAGUUGGAGCAGUUCAACAUGAUUGAAGCCCCCGUCAGCUCUGACAGCCUUUACAGCCAAACCUCCACCCAGGCACUUAUGAUGGAUUUGACAGGAGGCCAGUGUAACCUUCAGGACCCGCAGCCACUGGGCUACAGUAACCAUGGCAACAUCCCCAACAUCAUUCUCACAGGUGUAACUCCGUCGUAUCAGGUGGCUCGCUCAGCCGGUGGCCUGUUAGUGAGUGGGGAGUCACCUCCGUCCCUGUCCAAGAACCUGACCGGCUCCUUGUCCACAGAUUUCAGCUUUGAUAUGGACUCCCAGUUCCCGCUGGAUGAUCUGAAAAUCGAUCCUCUGACGCUUGAUGGCCUGUACAUGCUCAAUGACCCAGAUAUGGUCCUUACCGACCCAGCCACAGAGGACGCAUUCCGCCUGGACCGGCUCUAACUAGCCCACGCCCUCCAGGGAAGGGCGUGUGUGUGUGUGUGUGUGUGUGUGUGUGUGUGUGUGUGUGUGUGUGUGUGUGUGUGUGUGUGUGUGUGUGUGUGUGUGUGUGUGAAUGCUGCUGCCCCGAGGGUUCACAUCUGUGACGACCAGCCAGGAGGAGGCGCCGUCUCAGGUCGGUUGGUUGAGGCUUCAUGUUGAUUCCACACGGACACGAAGCAACCUGCCUAAACCUCAUGAAACAGCUUUUAAAAGAAAAUAUGUUUUUGAGCCUGCUGUCAGCGUGUCCUCAGAACCACAAUGACAAGGGCCAGGGUGCGAGUUCUGGAAUCAACCGUGUCUCUGGUUCUUUGCGAAUGCCUCCAGAGUUUGAUGAAGCGUACCUCUUGUUUGUUACCGUGGAGUAGCUGGAGGUCUCAGAGCAAAUGCUUCUUGGGUGUUUUCGUUUUGUCUCGGUUGUUUUGUGGUGUUUGACCUCCCUUUGUGCCCAGACUGUAGUCUGCAGCGGUACUCUGAGGUAGGACGAUCAUUUAGGGCUACUCCCUGCAUGGUUUGUCAGAGUAAAUCCUCAAUUUUCACACAUUUCCUCAAAACUCCUGAGCACAGAUGAGUCAUUUUGACACCUAGUUUAUUUUGGGGAAAACUGGAUUGUGAUUUUUAACGUGGUACAUAGCAGUCCUCAGUUUUGCAUGAAAUCACACAUCACUGUGCAGAAUUAUUUUGCCUUAAGAGCUUGUUGACAUGUUAGUUGUUUUUGUUUUUGCAAAGGUGACAGUUAUUUAAGAAAUAUUUCAAGA